AUGGCCGAUUCGCAAUUCCCGGGGUCCAACAAGGUUGCCAUUCCACGACCCCAAGUCGGCAUCGAGAGGCUGCUUCCUCGCCGCCAGACAAAUGAGCCCCGCGAAUCUAUGAACUGCAAAUCCUGUCGCAAAAGAAAGAUUAAAUGCAACAGACUGCGACCAUCUUGUGAAGCAUGCCAGCUGUUCCAAUGCCCCUGUAUAUAUGACGCCGUACCGAAGAAACGAGGACCAAAGACCGAUGUUCUAGAAGCACUGCUUAAGCGCGUCGACGGUCUUGAGGCCAAGCUGAAAGAGAAGAAUGCGGAAGAUGGCACAGAUACCGGCGCCGAGUCGUCAGAGGUCCAGAGCGCCGAAAUCGAAGAAGCAGGCUGUUCAGAAACUCACGAACCACCGUCGAAGCGCAUUGCUAAAGCACUAGAAAAGUCUCCCUCCGGAAGCGUCGAGCCUGUGUUCGCGACGUCGCGGCAAUCUUCUGCCGACCAGUCGGCCACUGGCAAUGCUACUGUACCGAUUGAGACUCUCAUCAAUGCAUACUUUGAGACAGCACAUGGCAAACCCUUUUUUAUUCUCGACGAAGCUACGGUUCGUCAACGUAUUCAACUCAAGCAGCUACCACAAUACCUCGUCGAUGCUAUAUUUUCUGUUCAUCCAAACGGCCACUUGGCAGCUGCUCAGCUGAGUCUGGAUCUGGCUACCCGCGCGCGUCAGGCCAUCGACAUUGACGAGGUAUCAGUGGAAGCAACACAGUCGUUGCUCUUAAUAUGCCUCACAUUCAUCAUGGCAGGCAAGGGCGCUAAGGCAUACAUGGUACUGACAAAUGCUAUUGCCAUGGCGCUUGGUCUCGAACUACACAGAGAAACGGACUCCCAAAUCCGAAUCACCACGCAGAUGGAGCGCGAAACGCGACGCAGGCUAUUCUGGACCUGUUACCUUCUGGACAGAUUACUAGCAUGUGGCUCGAAACGACCUGGUCUUAUUAGCGAUGAUGCCAUAAUCCUUCGGCUCCCUUCAUGGACGUCUAAUCCUUGCUCAGCACACAUCGAAGGAGAAUUCUUUGACUGUGGCUCAAACCUGCGGUAUUUGCAAGGAAGUGGAACAAAGUCCCAGGGCAGCAGCGGCAUGUUCAUUGACAUUUGUCGCAUCCUCGGCAUUACAAGUAAAUAUCUUGCGGCUGGGGGUGUCAAGGGGGAUUCGCAUUUUCCUUGGCAUGCACUUUCAGGCUUGUCCAAAAUUCGACAUGAACUCGACACUUGGGCCUCUGGGACGAAUAAUGCCUUUGCUACUGUUGAUUCACUCUUUGGCCAGUCUGAUGCUACAGUUCUCUUUAUGAGCAAGAUGCUCUACCAUCUUAUCCACUGCCUGAUUUACCGUCCAUUUCUUCCUAUCGAUCUUGCCGAGCUCUCUGGAAAUGGUCAACACCAGUCCUGGCAGAUAGAGGCCACUACCAUGUGCUUUUUACAUGCCAAUGCCGUCACGGAACUUGCAGACCUCGCAAGGCAACUUGGACGCAUCCAGAUGCCAUGCAUGACUGGCUACUGCAUCUUCACCGCAGCAACUGUUCAUGUACAUGGAACUCACUACACCCCGUCGCCUAACAACGGCGACAUGUCCGUCUUUUUGCCCUCUUCGAAUCUCUUGGUGAAAGCAAAGGCAAUGCUUGGUGACUUGCGAUAUAUCUGGGGUGUCGUGGAACAGCAUCGGGAUGAUUUAGAAGCGGUUUGCGCGAUGCACGGAGAUUUAAUCAAGGCGCUCGCUUCCAACUCGAUAAGAUACACGCCAGGUUUCCAGCUUGAAGACUAUUUCGACAGAUAUUCGAGUGUUGGGGGAUUAGAUGGACGUGGCCGUCGAAUGGACGGCGCGAGCCUCGAUCUGAAGAAUGUUCCAACAGCUUUCAUGGCUGAUCCCCAUGCCGCCCAAGUUCUCCGUGGCAUACCACAGCAGUCAGCUCUCAAGCGCAAGAAUACGGGCACAUUAAGCCAAAGUCGAACAGAAAUGAUGCUUAUAUCGCCGACGCCCACUGCUCAAAGUUCUACAUCCUAUCACCACCGAGUGUUGUCUAGCCACUCUGGACAGACAUUGGACGUUUUCCCGCAAAGCGCUGUACAAACACACGGUCACGAAUCUCAAGCACAUCAUAUCAGUACUGUGCGUAGCCCAAUGGAAGAACACCCCUUGACUACCGUUGGAGCCAGCACAGCAGUAAUGGAUGAAUAUUCUUUCUCCACAGCGCCAUCUUCGACGUUGAUCAGCAUGAUGAACCCGCCGGCAUACAAUUCGACACAUGGCCAUAGUGCCCCAAUGGGAAUAAUUGGCAGCCAGACGAUGAUGGGAUCCGAAGUGCCGUCGUAUGACCCCAUGUUUGGCACCAUUCCGACCAGCGCAUAUGAUAGCCCAGUCGUAUGGCACGGAGUCGAUACAAAUGUCCAGCUUGGGAACCAGGCUGGCGCCACUAUACCGAGUCCGGGCACGAAGAGCAACACAGGCAGCAGCGGAACUCAAGUCGAGGAAAAAGACCCGUUUCUGACGCUUCUCGAGCAGCUUGCCGAAAAUGAGCAACGUUUCAAUGAUGGAACAGGGGAGCUUGAUUUCUUCCUCGCCGGAGCCGGUGUUGAGACAUGCUAA